UCUAGCCAGUUGACAGUAAAAAAAAAAAUGUUUUGUUUUCUUUUUCUGUUUAUUUCCCUGGAGUAGCAUUUAUUUUGUCAGAUAUGUCAGCUCAUGUUAUUUGUAUUACGUCUGGGGGAGGAUUACCUGUAUUUUCAAGAAAAAAAGGCUCUUGCGAAAACCUCCCUUUUUCCACAAUAGGAUCUCUUAAUGGAGUUCAUAUGUUCGGGAAACCUUUAAAUAUAGAACUUUUGAACACUUUAACAAAUGAUUAUUCAGUAGCAUGGAAAGAAUUUCGAGAAAGUUUAGUUAUCAUAGGCAUCGCCAGCGGAUGCUCAAUUGAAGUUUUAUACCAGUUGUUGCAACUUGUAUUUGACGCGAUUGUGUUAAUAAUUGGUAUUGAUGAAAUUAAAAAUCAACGAAACAUUGACCGCAUAAAAAGAGAAUUACGGAUUUGUUAUCCACUUAUUGAUCGGUUGCUGGAUAUUCUAGACUGCGGAGACUCUAGUAACAAGCACUCCUCUGAUAUUGUGGGUUUUGUGGAGACUAUAAUGAGUACAGAAAAUCAUCUCUUACAGGUUGUUUUAGAUUCCUUUGCAGAAUCUGUUGAUUCCAUGUAUAGCUGCCUACUAAUUGGAGGAAAAAUAGCAGUCGCAACAGAAAGUUACUGGUCACUAAAUCCGCAUGAACUGAGACUUUUGUCCUUAUUGGCAGUAGCAGAAACAAAUGAAAAAUCCAAGGAUGUUCCUGUGUUUUUACCAUACAAGAGUUCAACUGUGGCUUUCCGCUUUGUGGCUUGUAGUAUUAUGCCUGACAUUCAGGUUUGCUGUCUAUGUGGAUCGACACCUUCUUUGAAAGAUAUUGAAUAUUCAGCUGCUCAGUGUUUUAAAAAUUCCAUGGACAUUCUAAAAUCUGCGGAACAAGUAUCCCCUAGGCAUUUUCCCAAUUCUUUUGUGAUUGAUGGUGGGAUUCUAGGAUUAUUGUUGAUAAAUAUCACAUUGAAAAAAUAUAUGAUGUCGAAAAAUCCACAACCUAACUCAUCACGCAAAACCACCAGCAGUUCUCAUCGUCUUGAUAUCCUUAGAACAUUUUUCUACCAGUCUGUGAUGAAGUUUUUAAUUCCAAAGUUAGAAAUUGAAACCAAUCUCAUUCCUUCUGAUAAAUCAUCACUGGAUGACCAAAACGAAGGUAUUGAAAGUUAUUGGUGUUCGGAAUACCACAAAUGUCACGCCAUAAGGGUUAAUGACAAUAUUUUGUGUGUACUCUAUAACUCUUCAACUCCCACACAUGCAAUGAGACUUAUAACUAAGAAAACUUUGUCUUUAUUAAUAUCUGAUAAACAGACAUGUUGGUGAAUUACAUCAGAUUAUCACAAAUGUUUUUCAGAUAAUAUAAUACAAUUAAUAGGUAUUUAUAAAGGAUGAACAUAAUAGGCAUAUUUUACUUUAUUUGUGAGUGAUAGGUUAUACCUAGACUAAUUCCACGUGAUUGACAUUGCAGAUUUUAGGCAUAUAUAAUAAGUUUUUAUGCACCAUAUUAUUUUAGGCUUACAAUUUAUGUUUAGAGGGAAUUGCCCCACACGAUUGACAUUGCAGAGUUUAUGUCAAUCUAAUAAUAAAUUUUCUUACCUUUGUUUUGCUAUAAACCGGAUGUUUAGCUGUAAUUCUGAGACCUGAUUGACAUUGCAGAUUUUAUGCCAAUAUAAUAAAUGUUCAUACCUUUUUAUUAUAAGAAACCUUUUGCAUUGUUAGUUUACUAUAAUAAUAUAGAAAUCUGAGAUGUAAACAUGACAAUAUUUUAGAGUUAUAGGUUAUGUUUAGAGGUAAUUCCGCCACAUGAUUGACAUUGCAGAUUUUAUGCCAAUAUAAUAACGUUUUAUUUCUUUUUAUCGCAAUAAACCUUUUGCAUGGUUAGUUUACUAUAAUAAUAGGCACACCUGAACCAAAACAUGAUAUUAUUUUAGAGUUAUAGGUUUUGUCUAGAGGUACUACUGCGGCAUGAUUGACAUUACAUAUAUAAUAACUUUUUAUACUUUUUAACACAGAAAACAUUUUGCAUUCACAGUUUACCAUAAUAAUAGGCAAAUUCAGCGACAGAUUCAGAUUUUAUUCAUAUAUAAUAAAUUUUUAAACUUUUUUAUCACAAUACACUCAUAUUGUUAGUUUACAAUUAUAAUAGACAAAUCUGAGACAAUUGGUAUUGGUAUUGGUAUUAAAGGGAGGUGCCCUCGCGGGCGUCGAAGCACUUAGGCCACCAGAUGGGCCCGUUGUGCCCCCAGGCCGCUCUAGAGGGCUGAGACAAAACAUCGCAUUAUUUUAGAUAUAGGUUAUGCCUAGAGUUAAAUCCGGGAACCUGAUUGGUAUUGCGGAGAGUAUGUGGCUAUAAUAAAUUUUUAUCGCAAUAAACCUUUUGCAUUGUUGGUUUGCUCUUGUAAUAGGCAAAUCUGAGACAAAACACAUUUUAAACUUAUAGGUUAUGUUUAGAAGUAAUUCCGCGAUAUGGUUGACAUUGCAGAAUUUAUGCCAGCACA